UUUGUUAUCCUUGUAGAGUCAACAAGACAAAACGUUCCUUGUAUUAUUCAAUUUACAGUAACACUUAACCCUGUUAGUAUUAAUCAAAAUGGUGUUUGUGUGUGAGGGAGAGCGAGAGAGAGAGAGACACAGACAAAGAGAGAGAGUAGGCAGUCGCUAUCCAGGGACCAAUCGCUCCGCAUGAAUAGGACUAGAAGCCUAGUUUUGUGAGAUCCAACCGCGUCUUCAAUAUUUCAGAAUUGACCAAAAGCAGAGAUUGCAGUGUAAUUCAAAACCACUAGAAACGGAAUAUAGGAGAUAUUUUCAGAGCUAUUACCUUUAAUAGCCCACUGGAUGUAAGCUACCUGGGGACAAUGUAGAGCGCGUUUUUUUGGAACAGGUUAAUUGCAACUAGCGACAAUAUCAAAGACCACCAAGAACAACAGACUUAAAACAAACAGACAUCGGAAGUUUCUGCUGAACUCCAUGGAUCAGACACGCAAGAGGCUUCAUCUCCUUCUGCUCCCGACCGCUGUCACUGUCUGGUCUCUCCCCGUCUCGAUGGGCGCCAGCGUGACCCCAGGGGGGUGUGGCUCCAUUGUAGACUCCCUGUACUACAGCCUGUGUGACCUCAGCGCCGUAUGGGGCAUCGUGCUGGAGUCGUUCGCGGCGGCCGGCGUGGUGGGUUCCAUCAUCCUCCUCAUCGUCCUCCUGGCCAGCCUACCCUUCAUCACAGACAAGAACAGGAGGAGCUCCGUGGGGAUCAAUGCCUGCUUCCUGAUCUGUACCCUGGGCCUCUUCUGCCUCACCUUCUCCUUCAUCGUAGGGAAGGACUUCGCCACCUGCGCCUCGCGACGCUUCCUCUUCGGGGUGCUGUUCGCCGGGUGCUUUGCGUGUCUUCUCAUGCAGUGUGUGAGGCUGAACCUCCUGACCCGCAGGGGGGAUCAGGGGCCCCGGGCCUGGGUUCUGUGUCUGGGAGCCCUGGGGCUCUGGCUGGUGGAGGUGGUCAUCAACACGGAGUGGCUGAUCAUUACCAUUGUUCGCUACCCGCUGUCACCACUCAACGUUACAGGGACAGCACUAGGCACGGCCGCAGACGUGCCCUGUAACAUUGCCAACCAAGACUUUGUCAUGGCGCUGAUCUACGUACUGAAUCUUCUCCUAGCUGUCGUAGUGGCAUCCUUACCCUCCCUGUGCGGGAAACACAAGCAGAGGCGCCAGGAGGGAGCCUUCAUCCUCGUUACGGGUCUCCUCUCUGUUUUCAUCUGGGUGGCCUGGAUCACCAUGUACGUCUGGGGGAACCUGAGAACCGGCGGACCCAGCUGGGAUGACCCUACCCUGGCCAUCGCCCUGGUCAGCAACGCCUGGGUGUUCCUGGUCCUCUACACCAUCCCAGAGAUCUGCUCUCUGACCCAGGAGGAGGGGGGUGUGCCGGGGUUCGGAGAGGACCUGUACCCAAGCAGAGGGGUGGGCUAUGAGACCAUCCUGAAAGAUCAAGGAGCCCAGAAUAUGUUUAUGGAGAACAAGGCUUUCUCUAUGGAUGAGCCCAACUCAGGUCCGAAGGUUGUGUCCCCAUACAGCGGCUACAGUGGUCAGCUCCGCAGUUCUGUCUACCAGCCCACAGAGCUAGCUAUCAUUAGCAAGGGAAUGGGGAAUGAAAUGUCCUAUGAGUCUCGCAUCCCCCGAGCCUCCAUCAACAACAGCUCCCCGGCCCACAGAGGGGGCAGUACCCUGGUAAUGGACUGCACAAGAAAUCCCAGUGGUGAACACAGACUUUACGUUACACCUCUCUUCUCAAGACAUUUUUGUUCAUCCAUUUUCCUCAAAUCUGUUGACUCUAUUUUGUUGUUGUCCAUUGGAUCCUUAAUAUGAGCUGGCUCUAAAGCGACCAGCCUAUCAGACUCCAGAGUUGUCGUUUGGGUGACCGACACAAACAGUUUGCCGUUUGUACAACACCUCCAAUCUAUAAAUGGACAGUCCUGCACAGCAAAAUCAGUGGUGUACAUUUAACUAUGAAAGUGUAAAAUGCACACUAUUUACAGUGAACAUAUGAGUCCCACUGUACUGGUGUUAAAACAACACUUUUGAAAGUGUUAAAGAUUUAACUCUGUUGCAGUGUUCCCAAUUAAACUCUUAAAGUGUUCAAAUGAACUAGAUUGUGGUGUUUGCAUAGCUCUACUGUAGAGUAAUGCACAACACCUACAGUGUAAAACAUAACACUUGAUUUAGAGUAAACUGGACUCGCUUUACGUAGUGCUGACGCUGUUACACUUUCUCAGUGUAAGAAAUUAACACCUGUAGUGUUACAGUAAAUCAUUUGUGGGUGUUGUUUUAACACUGUAUGGUGUAAAGCCCAAUUUGCAUAUUUCCCAGAGUGCCUUUUCUUUUCAAGUGAAUUGUAGGGUUACCACCCAUGACUGUAUUUGUUAGCGAUAGAGACAUGGUUACUGAAUUAUUUUAUUUUAAAGGCCUGUGGCUUUCACCAACUGAGUACCUAAAAAUGUAACUGACAGUACAUACAUAAUGUCCUUACUUUGACCCUAACACAGUGGUGUUAGGAAAAUAAUGGUUUGCAGGCCGAAUCAGGUCUGCAAGUUACAUUAUGCUGGCUUGCAAAGUGAUGUGUAAUUCCUAUUGAAAUCCAGCCAGAGUUAGGAUAUCCAACAGUUGGAAUUGUUAUUCGACCGCAACCUGCAUUCAGAAUGACUGUCAGGGUCCUUCUUCUUAUGAAAAUUGAUAAGAAGACUACCUAAAUCAUUUAAACUGGAACAACAAUUUCAGUAACGGGUACAAUAAAGCUAACUAACUUAUUGGAAUAGUUUAGAAAAAUGUAUGUUAUUUAUCUUUGUGUAGUUUAAGAUUAAUCAAUCAAUGUACAUGUAAAAACACAGACAUUAAAAACAAUCCUAAAAAAUCUACCUGCAGUACAGCAUGCUGGGAAAUAUGAUGAUGAUUGGUGUGGUUUUGAUGGGACUGUUUUAAUCUCUCCAGUGUAAAACAAAAACUCUGGUUAUUAACACUAACACUGGGGGUUAUUUUACCCAACUGAGUGUUACUUUCACUCUUACAGAGUGAAUUUAACUCCUGAAUAAACACGAGAAAUGUCACACUGAAAAAUCAACACUGGUCAAUUUGCUGUGUGUUGAUGACAUAACCCUCUAUAGAUCAAAGCAACCCACAGAGCAGACAGCAUACCCAUGGCUUUGGGAGAGAACAAUACCUUUUGCAAAGGUUACCAUUCCUCUCACGGUGAGCUAAGCUAAGCUCUCCACUGGAUGUACUGUGACAGAUGAACUGUGAGCAUGCUGACAGCAUGGAAUGGUGGAAAAUAAUAGUCAGACGUUCUCUUAGCAUGGGGGGGCUAUUUUGGCAACAAAGGUGGCUAUACAGUAAACACACACACGCACACUCUCUCACACACAAACACAUACACACGCUCACAAUAGUUACACACAAUAGUCACGUGGAAGUGCAGCCAACGACAGGAUCAGUCAAGCGAGGGGGCAACAGGUGUGAUGGUAUCAUGGGAUUUACCAACCAUUCCAGGGUUCCCAGAGGAGGACUCAUUAAGAGUGGAAAAUUCCAUAUUUGGAACGUUUCUAUGGUUCCAUGGAAUCUUGGGAAAUGACUCUUCUGUCACUGGGAUACCUAACUAAUAUGAAUACAUUUAUUUAUAGGUUUAGCAUACAAAUAGUGUGCACUUUCAUGCUUUAAUUGAAGUAAGUGUCGAUUAUUAUUAUGUCAAUGUUUAGCGCUUGGCUUGUGGACAUCACUUUCAGAAAGUUCACAUAGCUAUUUCAGUUGUAGCUAAAGGGUGUUGAAUGAGUUCAUGUAAAUACCAUGCCAAUGAAUGUCUCUUCACUAGAUAAUACUUGUUGUAUGAAUUGUUGUGUGAAUUUGAAAUAUAUUUUUAACAUAGCUAUUUACAGUACUUACUUUUCUUCUAAUCAGAUUUGAGCCAACACCUGUAAUUGCAAUCCUGAAUUUUUUAUCUAAUAUGAAGUUUAAAAACCACAAUGAGUUCAUUGAUUGCACAUUCUGUAUCAACAGCCAUUGAUGUCCCAAAUAAUAAAGAUUGACUGGUGAAAUA